AUGAUGACCCAGGUUGAGACCACUGUGAGCUAUGGUAAUGGCUUCGAGGAGGUGUACAUGCUCCAGGAGGACGAAUGGGACAGGGACAUGCUGCUGGACCCUGCCUGGGAGCAACAGCAGAGGAAAACCUUCACAGCCUGGUGUAACUCCCACCUGAGGAAAGCUGGUACUCAAAUUGAAAAUAUUGAAGAGGACUUCAGGAAUGGACUAAAACUCAUGCUGCUUCUGGAAGUCAUCUCAGGUGAAAGGUUACCCAAGCCAGACAGAGGGAAGAUGCGGUUUCAUAAGAUUGCUAAUGUCAACAAAGCACUGGACUUCAUCACAAGCAAAGGAGUAAAACUGGUCUCCAUUGGAGCAGAAGAGAUUGUGGACGGGAAUGUAAAGAUGACUCUUGGAAUGAUCUGGACUAUCAUCCUCCGCUUCGCCAUUCAGGACAUUUCUGUUGAAGAAACAUCUGCCAAGGAAGGCCUUCUUCUGUGGUGUCAGAGAAAGACUGCCCCCUACAGGAAUGUCAACGUCCAAAACUUCCAUGUCAGCUGGAAGGAUGGCCUGGCCUUCUGCGCCCUGAUUCAUAGACACAGACCCGACCUCCUCGACUACUCUAAGCUCAACAAGGAUGAUCCUAUGGGGAACCUGAACCUGGCUUUUGACAUAGCCGAGAAACACCUGGACAUUCCCAAAAUGCUGGAUGCGGAAGAUAUCAUCAACACCCCCAAGCCUGAUGAAAGAGCCAUCAUGACCUAUGUGUCCUGCUUUUACCAUGCUUUUGCUGGAGCCGAGCAGGCAGAGACGGCUGCCAACAGGAUCUGUAAGGUGCUGGGUGUAAACCAAGAGAAUGAGAAACUGAUGGAGGAGUAUGAGAGACUGGCCAGUGAGCUGCUGGAGUGGAUCCGCCGCACCACUCCCUGGCUGGAGAACCGGACCCCUGAGAAGACCAUGGUAGAAAUGCAGCGAAAGCUGGAGGACUUCAGGGACUACAGACGCCAGCACAAGCCCCCUAAGGUGCAGGAGAAGUGCCAGCUGGAAAUUAACUUCAACACCCUGCAGACCAAGUUGCGCAUCAGCAAUCGUCCUGCCUUCAUGCCCUCUGAGGGGAAGAUGGUGUCUGACAUAACCAGUGCAUGGCAGGGACUGGAGCAGGCAGAGAAGGGCUAUGAGGAAUGGCUUCUUACAGAGAUCCGCAGGUUGGAGAGGCUGGACCACUUAGCUGAAAAGUUUCGUCAAAAAGCCACUAACCAUGAGAACUGGGCCAGCGGUAAAGAACUGAUCCUCUCCCAGAAGGACUAUGAAACAGCUACCCUGAUAGAAAUGAAAGCAUUGCUUCGAAAACAUGAGGCCUUUGAGAGUGACUUGGCAGCCCACCAGGACAGAGUGGAGCAGAUUGCCGCCAUUGCACAGGAACUAAAUGAGCUGGACUACCAUGAUGUGGCUGCUGUGAACCAGCGUUGCCAGAGCAUCUGUGACUUGUGGGACAGGCUGGGAACCCUGACUCAGAAGAGGAGAGAGGCACUGGAGCGGACAGAGAAACUGCUGGAGACUAUUGAUCAGCUGUUCCUGGAGUUUGCCAAGAGGUCAGCUCCUUUCAACAACUGGAUGGAAGGAGCCAUGGAGGAUCUUCAGGACAUGUUUAUGGUUCAUACUAUUGAAGAAGUCCAGAGUCUAAUCGCAGCUCACGAGCAGUUCAAAGCUACUCUACCUGAGGCAGAUGCAGAGAGACAGGCCAUCUUGGGAAUCCACAAUGAGGUGCAGAAAAUUUCCCAGAGCUAUGGAAUCAAGGCCAACAUUGUCAACCCCUACAGCACCCUCACAACUGAAGAGCUUCUCAACAAAUGGGAUAAGGUGAAGAAGUUGGUUCCUCAGAGAGAUGGUUCCCUCCAGGAGGAGAUGGCACGCCAGCAUGCCCAUGAAAGGCUGAGACGGCAGUUUGCUGCCCAGGCUAAUCUUAUUGGACCUUGGAUACAGGCCAGAAUGGAGGAAAUUGGACGUUGCUCCCUGGAGAUAGGAGGCACCCUGGAAGACCAGAUGACCCAGCUGAAACAAUUUGAGCAUGUCAUUGUCACUUACAAGCCCAAUGUCGACAAGUUGGAGGGAGACCACCAGUUAAUCCAAGAGUCACUUGUGUUCGAUAACAAACACACCAACUAUACUAUGGAGCACAUCCGUGUUGGGUGGGAGCUGCUGCUUACAACCAUUGCCCGAACCAUCAAUGAGAUUGAGACCCAGAUCUUAACCCGGGAUGCCAAGGGCAUCAGCCAGCAGCAGAUGAAUGAAUUCAGAUCUUCUUUCAACCACUUCGACCGGAAGAAGAAUGGAGCGAUGGAAACGGAUGACUUCAGAGCCUGCCUCAUCUCUAUGGGAUAUGACUUGGGAGAGGUGGAAUUUGCCCGUAUAAUGAUGCUGGUGGACCCCAAUACUACUGGAAUUGUCUCCUUCCAGUCUUUCAUUGAUUUUAUGACCAGAGAAACUGCUGACACGGACACUGCAGAGCAGGUUGUGGCAUCAUUCAGGAUUCUGGCAGCUGAUAAGCCUUACAUAUUAGUGGAGGAGCUGAGGAGAGAACUGCCUCCUGAACAGGCAGAGUACUGCAUCAUGAGGAUGCCGCCUCAUGGCGGCCCUGGAGCACCACCAGGGGCACUGGACUACACUGCCUUCUCCACCGCCCUCUAUGGAGAGAGUGACCUUUAA